AAAAGCAUUCAUCUAUUUAUACAAACACGUUUUUCUCGAGGCUCAUAUUAAAUGGAAGUGAGUAGCGUAGACGAGAGUACUACAAGUACAGGUUCCAUCUGUGAAACUCCGACGAUAACUCCGGCGAAAAAGUCGUCGGUAGGUAACUUAUACAGGAUGGGAAGCGGAUCAAGCGUGGUGUUAGAUUCAGAGAACGGCGUAGAAGCUGAAUCUAGGAAGCUUCCGUCGUCGAAAUACAAAGGUGUGGUGCCGCAACCAAACGGAAGAUGGGGAGCUCAGAUUUACGAGAAACACCAGCGCGUGUGGCUCGGUACAUUCAACGAAGAAGACGAAGCUGCUCGUGCCUACGACGUGGCGGUUCACCGGUUCCGUGGUCGUGACGCCGUCACAAAUUUUAAAGACGUGAGGAUGGACGAAGAUGAGGUCGAGUUCUUGAAUUCUCAUUCGAAAUCUGAGAUCGUUGAUAUGUUGAGGAAACAUACUUAUAACGAAGAGUUAGAGCAGAGUAAACGGCGUCGUAACGGUAACGGAAACAUGGUUAGGACGAUGUUAACGUCCGGGUUGAAUAAUGAUGGUGUUUCGACGACGGAGUUUAGAUCGGCGGAGGCACUGUUUGAGAAAGCGGUAACGCCAAGCGACGUUGGGAAGCUAAACCGUUUGGUUAUACCGAAACAUCACGCGGAGAAACAUUUUCCGUUACCGUCAAGUAACGUUUCCGUGAAAGGAGUGUUGUUGAACUUUGAGGAUGUUAACGGGAAAGUGUGGAGGUUCCGUUACUCGUAUUGGAACAGUAGUCAGAGUUAUGUUUUGACUAAAGGUUGGAGCAGGUUCGUUAAGGAGAAGAAUCUACGUGCUGGUGACGUGGUAAGUUUCAGUAGAUCUAACGGUCAGGAUCAACAGUUGUACAUUGGGUGGAAGUCGAGAUCCGGGUCGGAUUUAGAAACGGGUCGGGUUUUGAGAUUGUUCGGAGUUAACAUUUCACCGGAGAGUUCGAGAAACGACGUCGUAGGGAACAAGAGAGUGAAGGAUACUGAGAUGUUAUCGUUGGUGUGUAGUAAGAAGCAACGCAUCUUUCACGCCUCUUUCUCGUCAUCGUCUUCUUUGCAACUUUCUUCAUCCUUUAACGGCGACUACUUAGCGCCGUCGAGAUGCUUUAUCGGAGCUCCGGUCACUUCCUCUUCUUUAUCACUCUCCGGUAAGAAGAACUCAUAUUCUCCGAGAAAAUUCUACAUUUCUGCUAAGAAAGUUUCUGGGUUAGAGGAAGCCAUUAGAAUCAGAAAAAUGAGAGAGCUUGAAACUAAAUCAAAAGUUAGGAGAAAUCCACCAUUAAGACGAGGAAGAGUAUCGCCUCGUCUUCUUGUACCUGAUCACAUUCCAAGGCCUCCAUAUGUUGAGUCUGGUGUAUUACCAGAUAUAUCAAGUGAGUUUCAGAUUCCUGGUCCUGAAGGCAUUGCGAAAAUGAGAGCUGCUUGCGAGCUCGCUGCUCGGGUUUUAAACUAUGCUGGAACUUUGGUUAAGCCAUCUGUUACGACUAAUGAAAUCGACAAAGCUGUGCAUGAUAUGAUUAUUGAAGCUGGUGCUUACCCUUCUCCUCUUGGAUAUGGUGGAUUUCCUAAAAGUGUGUGUACAUCAGUUAAUGAGUGUAUGUGUCACGGAAUACCGGAUUCUCGCCAGCUACAGAGCGGGGAUAUAAUAAACAUCGAUGUCACGGUUUACUUGGAUGGUUACCAUGGAGAUACAUCGAAAACUUUCUUUUGCGGAGAAGUUGACGAAGGUUUCAAACGACUUGUGAAGGUUACGGAAGAAUGCUUGGAGAAAGGUAUUGCCGUUUGUAAAGAUGGAGCAAGCUUCAAGAAAAUCGGGAAAAGAAUCAGUGAGCAUGCGGAAAAGUAUGGCUACAACGUUGUGGAGCGGUUUGUUGGGCAUGGUGUUGGACCUAUAUUCCACUCCGAACCCCUUAUAUAUCAUUACCGAAAUGAUGAGCCUGGACUUAUGGUUGAGGGACAAACUUUCACAAUUGAACCGAUUCUGACGAUUGGAACCACGGAAUGUGUAACAUGGCCAGACAACUGGACUACUCUGACAGCAGAUGGUGGUGUUGCUGCGCAGUUUGAGCAUACCAUUCUGAUUACUAGAACUGGCAAGUCUAUGAUCAUGGCUUCUUCUGCUGCUGCAUCGAUCUCUUUGAUAACUCUAAGGAACCUCUCUCGCAAUCAUCAAUCUCACCAAAGCUCUCUUCUUGGUUUCGCUAGAUCCUUCCACAACUUAAGGAUCUCAUCUAACGGUCCAGAUUUCUCUGCACAAGCAAGAUCCACCACUUCCUCCACUAGAGGUUUCUUCAGAACCAUUUGCAGCAGCAGCACCAGCGACAACUCCAGACCAACUAAGAUCCAAGAGCUUAACGUGUACGAGUUCAACGAAGGUGAUCGAAACAGUCCAGCGGUUUUAAAACUCGGAAAAAAACCAGAUCAGCUUUGUCUCGGCGAUCUUGUCCCCUUCACAAACAAACUCUACACCGGAGAUCUUACAAAACGCAUAGGAAUCACCGCAGGUCUCUGCGUUUUGAUCCAACAUGUUCCAGAGAAGAAAGGUGAUCGCUUUGAAGCUUCUUACAGUUUCUACUUCGGAGAUUACGGUCACAUAUCAGUACAAGGACCUUAUCUCACUUACGAGGACACGUUUCUCGCUAUCACCGGUGGCUCCGGCGUCUUUGAAGGAGCUUACGGACAGGUUAAGCUUCGUCAGCUUGUGUAUCCAACGAAGUUGUUUUACACUUUUUACUUGAAAGGUGUUGUUGCUGAUUUGCCGGUGGAGCUUACCGGAAAACAUGUUGAGCCGUCGAAGGAUGUGAAACCGGCGGCGGAAGCUCAGGCGACUCAGCCCGGCGCUACGAUCGCUAACUUUACUAAUUGAAAUCGAAUCAUUGUGUGUUGUGUUUCUUUGUCAUCGAUCCUUUAUUGGGCUGUUUCAUUGUGUUAAACAUUUUAAUAAUGGGCCUAAAUAGUG